AUGGCCACGCCCACCGGCCCCAAGGCCACGCCCACCGGCCCCAAGACCACGCCCACCGGCCCCACCGUCCCACCGGCCCCAAGGCCACCCGGCCCAGCCACGCCCACCGGCCCCAAGACCACGCCUACCGGCCCCAAGGCCACGCCCACCGGCCCCAAGACCACGCCCACCGGCCCCAAGGCCAGUCCCACCGGCCCCAAGACCACGCCCACCGGCCCCAAGACCACGCCCACCGGCCCCAAGACCAGUCCCACCGGCCCCAAGACCAGUCCCACCGGCCCCAAGACCAGUCCCACCGGCCCCAAGACCAGUCCCACCGGCCCCAAGACCAGUCCCACCGGCCCCCAGGACCAAUCCCAUCAGUCCAGGACCAACGCCGUGUCUGGAUUAGAAACCACAAAGAAAGAGGACGGACGUGAGGCGCGGCGUGUGGGCGUCUCCAGCCUGUGA